UUUUCGCAGGUUAUGCAGCUGGUAAAGUUGAGAUGCAUACCGGCGUUCAUCACACUGUUCCGGCUUACUCUGCCAGUCUGCCCACUGCACCUCCCCCUCAGGUCUCGGGGGUUGGUGGUGCUAAUGUGGUGCACCAAACAACUGCUGCUGCUGUAGGGGCAGCAGCAGCUGCAGCUGCUGCAGCAGGAGCAACUCAAGGAUCUGGUCAGUUCCAGAGAUUAAAAGUUGAAGAUGCUCUUUCUUACUUAGAUCAGGUGAAGCUACGGUUCGGAAAGCAGCCCCAAGUUUACAAUGACUUCUUGGACAUUAUGAAGGAGUUCAAGUCUCAGUCCAUAGACACCCCAGGAGUCAUAGCCAGAGUCUCGCAGCUUUUCCGUGGUCAUCCAGAGCUCAUUGUCGGCUUCAACACCUUCUUACCGCCCGGCUACAAAAUUGAGGUGCAAGGGAAUGAGCAGGUGAAGGUAAGCGUUAGUGUUCCAGGGCAACAGACAACAGUGGUUCAUACCCCUCAAGGCAUCCGUCAUCACAUCACCCCAACACACCAUCCACCUCCGCCGCCACCACAGCCUGUGACUGUCAAGCCGCCUCAUCAUCCGCAGCCGCCAAGAUCAGCGUUGACAUCUGGUGGUGUAACACCACACACAGGACCAAGUUUAGUUGGCACUCACAGUGUUCACAAUGUAGCAGGAAGUGGCAGUGGGGCUGGGGGCGGUGGUGGUGGCAGCAGUGGCAGUGGAAGUGGGGGUGUUGGAGCUAAUAGUGGUAACACUGGGGGAGGAACAGCCAGUGUCAGUCAGGUAGCAAGCAGUGUUAGUGUUGGCAGCAGCACCCCCACAGGCACGAACUCCGGUAGCAGCUCUAAUGCCACCAGCAGCUCUGCAGGGGGUGCACAGCACUCCACCAACACAGCCCCCCAGCACCCCAGCCGGGAACCCCAGCCUCCCCCACCUCAUCAUCACCCCCAUCACCACCACCAGCCUCCAGCACAACCUGUGGAGUUCAACCAUGCCAUUAAUUACGUGAAUAAGAUUAAGUUGCGGUUUCAAGGCCAGCCUGACAUCUACAAGCAGUUCCUAGAAAUCCUUCACACUUAUCAGAAGGAGCAGAGACACAUUAAGGAUGGAGGAUCAAUUCCUGCCAGAACACUCACCGAAACGGAGGUCUAUGAGAAGGUUGCAAAGUUAUUUGAGAACCAAGAAGAUUUACUGCAAGAGUUUGGCCAGUUCCUACCCGAUGCAACCAACAACUCAGCUGCCCAAGCAGCUGUUUCUGACUUUAUGGACCAGUAUCGCACUCAUCAUGGGAGUAAUAAAAAUGUAAGCAAUGAUCAUACCUCAGUGAAGAAACCAAACCUAAAAAGCAGCUGUGGUAUGGGAUCUGGGAACAACAUGGUCAGUGGGCCCGGCAACCCCCCCAACAAAACGCCACCUUUGUUCAGCCAUCAGCUAAAAAGACCUCACCCAGGGCCAACACAAAGCCACUCCCAUGGCCACGCGCAUGCCCAGCCACCCGUUAAGAAACCAAAAUUGGGUUAUCUCAAAGAUAUGAGUGCUGCAGAAGCUGGAAAACAUGCCACUCUAGCUGAGUAUGCCUUCUUUGACAAGGUACGGAAAGCGUUACGUCAUGAAGAGACGUAUCACAACUUCCUGAGGUGCAUCACUCUUUACAACGAGGAAAUCAUCACACGCGCUGAAUUGGUGCAGCUAGUCCACCCAUUCCUUGCAAAAUUCCCAGACCUGUUGAAGUGGUUCAAGGAUUUUGUAGGAUACCGUGAAGGAGCUCUAGGCAGCUCAGAUAUUAUCCCCUCAACUGUUGCCAAACAAGAAAGGAUUAGUGGUGAUCUGGCAAUGGAGAUCGAUUACACAACAUGCAAGAGACUGGGAGCCUCCUAUUGUGCUCUGCCAAAGUCGUAUCCCCAGCCCAAGUGUUCAGGAAGAACAGGUCUCUGUAAAGAAGUUCUUAAUGAUACCUGGGUUUCCUUCCCCUCUUGGUCAGAGGAUUCCACCUUUGUUACCUCACGGAAAACUCAGUACGAAGAGUACAUUUACCGUUGUGAGGAUGAGAGAUUUGAGUUGGAUGUUGUGCUAGAGACCAAUUUGGCAACGAUGCGCGUGUUAGAGGGAGUACACAAGAAGCUUCAGAGGAUGAGUCCAGAAGAGGCUGCAAGAUUUCGGUUAGAUGAUUCCCUCGGGGGCAACUCUCCAACAAUACACCAGAGAGCCAUCAGGCGAAUAUAUGGUGACAAAGCUCCUGACAUUAUUGAUGGAUUGAAAAAGAAUCCAGUUGUUGCAGUGCCUUUGGUCUUAAGAAGAUUAAAAGCAAAGGAUGAAGAAUGGAGGGAAGCACAAAAAGGCUUUAACAAAAUUUGGAGAGAACAGAAUGAGAAAUACUACCUAAAAUCACUUGAUCAUCAGGGUAUCACUUUCAAGCAAACAGACAUCAAGACAAUAAGAUCCAAAAGUCUUCUAAAUGACAUCGAAACUUUGUUUGAUGAGCGGCAUGAGCAGCAGGAGGACAGUGGUGAGGUGAUCACUGGCCCCCACAUGGUGCUCCAUUAUACUGACAAGUCAAUCUUGGAUGAUGCAGCCAACUUGGUGAUUCACCAUGUGAAGAGACAGACCACUUACCAUAAGGAGGACAAGCUUAAGAUUAAGCAGAUAGUCAGACACUUUUUGCCAGACCUCUUGUUCCACACAAGGCAGGAAAUGUCUGACGAUGAGAAGGACAUGGAAGAUGAAGAAGAGGAAGAGGAAGACAACAAGAGUGAUGGAAAGUGUGAAAAUACAGGCCGCCGAGAUCUGCGAGAACGAGAGUGCAAACAAACCUCUUCCACCUCAUGUGCCACCACUAACAAUAAUUCCAAUAAGAGAAAAAGUAGAAGUAGAGGGACAGAUCCAGAAAAAGAAGGAGACACAAAAAGUGUGAGAGAAAGUGGGAAUAAUAACAAUAACAACAAUAACAAUAAAACCAAAGAUGAUAAUAAGAGUAAAGCUGCUCUUAAUGGUGAUGCAACAGAGGAUGAAAAAGUUAGCAUAAAGACAGAAGUAGAUGACGAGAAACCAGACAUCAAGGAGGAGCCUGGGACCAACGGUAAUGGAAACCCUCAGUCGGAUGACGAGUACAGAUUAUUCAUGUGCAACAACAACUGGUACCUGUUCCUCCGCUUACACCAAAUUCUCUGCUGCCGUCUUACCACUAUGUACGAACAUGCAGUGCGAAUAGCUGCUGAAGAAGCUAAGGAUAGGAAAGACCGUAAAGAAGCUACUGCUGUCGCCCUCAGACUCAAACCCAAAAAUGAGAUUGCUGUUGAAGAUUACUACCCUGCCUUACUGGACAUGAUCAAGAAUGUCCUUGAUGGUAAUUUGGAACCAACAGCGUAUGAAGAUACUUUGAGGGAGAUGUUCGGAAUCCAUGCGUACACAGGCUUCACCAUGGAUAAAGUGGUUACUAGUGCUGUAAGGCAGUUACAACACCUGGUGUGUGAUGACCCCCCAGUCCAGUGCACCGCCAUGUACCUGAGUGAGGCAAAGAAAGGUGCUGCUGGCGGACCUUUAGCCUCUGCACACAGACGGCUCGCAGCAGAACAGGCCUAUCAGAAGAAGUCAGAGCGCUUAUUACAAGAUGAGAAUUGCUUCAAAAUUUACACUUACAAAAGAAAUUGUAGAAUGACAAUAGAACUGAUAGACACGGAGAUUGAGGAGGAGAAUGACAGUGGAGGCAGCGCAGGCUCAGCAGUUAGUCAUAACACCACAGUUCCUUCCUCUACAAUUCCACCUGCUGUUGCUGAGGUGGAAAGAUGGAGUGCCUAUGUUGAAAAAUAUGUUUCUUCCGUCGCACCUCAGAUGUCUCCUGCCAUGCAGGCUCAGCUCUCCAGAAAACCAGUAUUUCUCCCACGUAAUCUUCGAUCUUGGAGAAAACUGACAGCAGCAAGACAGACCAAUCAGGAAGUAGAAAAGGAUAGCUGUGCUGAAGAUGUAAAACCUCCUGUGUGUCCUGAUAUGGAUAUUGUGGACAACACUCAGUGCAAGUUCAACCUCUCCUCCUUCAAAAUGGUAUUUGUAGUGAACAGUGAUUCCUACAUGUACAAGAAGCAAGCACUCAAGAGAGCAAAACAGAGUCAUGAACACGUUAGUCGAAGGAUGCGCAGUGGCCUUGUUUCCUGGCACAGUGAUUGGUGCACAAGACAUGUAUCAGAAGCAGAUCAACGAGCUGCUACUGACUGGUUCCUGGGGCACACAGAUGGGUUGCGGCCAAAUUGCACGAGAGUAGUGCGCAUUGACGAUCCUUCCCGACCCCCAUUUGCACCCUACAACAAGUACAAGUGUGAACUGGAAGAGAGUGGUGGGUCAUAACAUGUGGUGUUCACCUCACCGCCUCACUCAGCCAUUGUCAGACUGAUUAAAAGGGCGGGCAGAAUGAGUGUCAGUGGAGGAUCAAAAUCCCACACUGUGAGCUGUGACUUUUAACUUUGCUCUAAGAGCAAAGGUGUGUGGACGUCACCUCAAAGUACAAGAUUGUAGCAGGGAUGGUGGUGUGGACCGCAAGUCGCAGCACGGAGGCAAGGAGUGGUGUUGGGGUGGGAAGAGACAGAUUGAAUAAUACACUGUCUCAGGUUGCAAUGAAGUGUUGAGCAUGUGUUCUGUAUAUUAUGCAUCAUAAUGCAUCAGUUAUUAUGAGUGAUUCCUGUGGAAGUUGCAAGACUGGAGAAGACCAAAACAUUUCGAGUUAUGAUGCAGAAAAAAGAAAAAAAGUAAAAAAUAAAAGAAAAAAAUCAAUUGAUGUGCCUCACGAAUGCCUGUCAGUACAAUGUAGUAUUAAAAUGUAAAUGCGAGCUGCAGCAUUGAAGCAUCCCAGUGACAAGAAUCUGCCCUCAAGGGACUGCCCCAUUCACCAUCCGUUGCACUGCAUGGUCUCCACAGCACAAACUUGCUACUAAAUUUUGCAACAACUCCUUUCUAAUGUACUGUUGCUGGGACCGAGAGAGUGGACUCCUGAGUGAGCCAGUUGUACAAGUGAAUGAUAAUUAUAAUUUAUAGUUGUACAGAUGAUCUGAUAAUGUUUUUGUUAAUAAUGAUGUUUCCUUGUAUAAGACGGGAUUGAGGGGAGAUGUGGGUGGCAGUGGCAAAUUGUUGUGGGCUCUUCACAGGCCAAAUGAUUUUCCUUGAGCUGAAUAGGAAAUAACUAUUAAUUGGUUAUUUAUUACCAGAUAUAUAUAUAUAUACAGUGUAUAUAUAUAAAUAUAUAUGUAAUCAGGGAUAUGAAUUAUCAGUGGCUUCUUGGCAGCCAUAGUAAUUCAAUGAGAUAAAGUCAAGAGGCAAGAAGUUAUACAUAAAUGUGUAAAGUAUUUUAUAAGUAUUCUACAGCUUCCUUCCCACACCACACACAUCUAAAGUUACAGAACACAUGUACACAAGCAUAUUUUCAUAUUCUACGGUUCUAUAAAGAAACAGUAUUCAGAAACUUUA